AUGGAGAACAGAGGCCAGAAACGUAUGGAGGUGGUGGAAGAGCUACCUGCUGAUAAGAGAGCUUGUAACUCGCAGGAUUUCAGGCCAAGCGCAUCCGGCUCAUCUGCUCAGGCUCAAACCACCAAUGGCACGAGUUCGGGACAUGAAAACACUGAAGCUGAGGCUCAAACCACCAAUGGCACGAGUUCGGGACAUGAAAACACUGAAGCUGAUAUGGAUACUUCUUCAUCUGCAUCUGCUUCUGCAUCUGCAUCUGCAUCUGCUUCUCAUUCGAGCCGAUCAGAUGGAGAACAGGAACAGGAUAAGGAUUCGGACUACGGUUCUUGCGAUUCUGACGAGGUGGAGCCGAGACACAGGGUGCUUCAGGAGUAUCAGAGGCAGAGAUCAUCUGGUGAUCAAGGGAAAUUGAAGUCUCUCUUGUCGAGUCUGAGUGAAGAAACCGAUCCUUCUCUGCAGUUAACCGGGCUUACAGAGUUAUGUGAAGUGUUGUCAUUUUGUACUGAAGAGUCGCUGUCCAGCCAAAUGGCCGACUCGCUCUCACCGGUGCUUGUUAAUUUAGCUAAGCAUGAGCACAAUGCAGAUAUUAUGUUGCUAGCAAUCAGAGCAAUCACUUACUUGUCUGAUGUUUAUCCGCGGUCGGUAGCAUUCCUCGUAAGACAUGAUACUAUCCCUGCUCUCUGCCAAAGACUAUUGACUAUUGAGUACUUGGACGUUGCUGAGCAGUGUCUGCAAGCACUUGAGAAAAUAUCCCGAGAUCAGCCAGCAGCGUGCUUGAAUGCUGGAGCAAUUAUGGCAGUGCUUUCUUUUAUUGAUUUCUUCUCAACAAGCAUACAGAGAGUCGCAAUUUCUACUGUGGUGAAUAUAUGUAGGAAGCUUCCAUCUGAGUCUCCCUCGCUUUUCAUGGAUGCUGUUCCAAUAUUAUGCAAUCUUCUUCAGUAUGAAGAUCGACAGUUGGUCGAGAAUGUGGCUAUUUGCUUAACAAAAAUAGCGGAUCGAGUUAGUCAGUCACCUGCACUGUUGGAUCAACUAUGUAGCCAUGGACUAAUUCAUCAAUCCACGCAUCUUUUAAACUUGAAUAGCCGCACUACCUUAUCUCAACCUGUUUACAACGGUGUGAUUGGACUGCUAAGAAAACUAUCUUCUGGUUCAGCGUUAGCUUUCAGAACGUUAUAUGAGCUUAACAUUGGCUACAGACUAAAAGAAAUCAUGUCCACGUAUGACAUCUCUCAUUCAGUGUCUUCUACACAUCCCAUCAAUGCAUGCUCCAACCAGGUACAUGAAGUGUUGAAGUUGGUAAUUGAGCUUCUCCCAGCUUUACCUGAAGAGGAUAGUAAGCUGACAUUGGAAAAGGAAAGUUUUCUUGUCAAUCAGCCUGAUCUUUUGCAACAAUUUGGAGCAGACAUGCUUCCUGUUAUGAUUCAGGUGCUCAAUUCUGGAGCUAAUGUAUAUGUUUCUUAUGGUUGCCUAUCAGCAAUUCACAAGCUGACUUGCUUGAGUAAGUCAUACGACCUUGUUGAGUUACUGAAGAAUGCUAACAUUUCAAGUGUUUUGGCGGGCGUUUUGGCAAGGAAAGAUCCUCAUGUGGUCUUUGUAGCGCUACAGAUUGCUGAAGUGCUUCUUGAGAAAUACAGAGAUACCUUCUUGAAUUGCUUUAUAAAGGAGGGUGUUUUCUUCGCUAUUGAAGCACUCUUAAAUUCUGAUAGGGGAUCAGCUGACCUUUCACAAAAGCCUGUUGCGAAAGAGAGCGUGCAAUGCUUGUGCCAGUCUUUUGCGCUUGCUUCUUCUUCACAAACUUGUAAGAUUGAAAAUGAUUCUGUCUACAUUCUUGCAACACGUAUCAAGGAGAGGUUCUUUGGACCUGAGGUAUUCGACUCUGAGAAAGGCUUGACAGAUGUCCUCCGAAACCUCAAGAACUUGUCGGUGGCACUUAACGAUUUGAUGAAUGUACCCAUUGAUGCACAUGUCCAUGAUGAGAAAUUCUUCUCAAUAUGGAAUCAAAUCGGGGAAAGGCUGAAUGGAAGGGAAUCUGUGUCCACUUUUGAGUUUACAAAGAGUGGAGUUGUAAAGUCACUGGCAAAUUAUCUGUCUAAUGGACUCUAUCAAAGGAAGCUCAGCAAAGCGGAUCCUGAAUUUGAGAGCUUACCAUAUGUUGGUAAGAGAUUCGAAAUGUUCACAAGAUUACUUUGGUCUGAUGGCGAGGCAACUUCGUCCGUGUUAGUACAGAAGCUCCAAAGUUCCUUAUCUUCUUUAGAAACCUUUCCGAUUGUCCUAAACCAAACUAUGAAGCAAAGGAACUCAUUCGCGGCUGUUCCAAAUGGACGUUACACAAGUUAUCCAAGCCUAAGAGUUCGUUUUGUUAAAGCAGAGGGGGAGACUUGUUUGCGUGAUCACUCCAAAGACUUUGUCACCGUUGACCCACUUUGCUACUUGGAUGAUGUCGAUCAAUACAUGUGGCCUAAAGUGCAUUUGGAACCUUUAGAUUCCAUCGAAGCAAAAGAUCAAGCUAUAGAGUGUCAGUCUUCUCAAUUGCAGUCAACUUCGAUAUCUUGUCAAGGUGAAAGCUCAAGUCAUAUGGAGAUUGACAGUCCUGAUGCGCCUGAGUCGCAGGUAUCUCAAGAGGAAGACCCGGAGCAGCUUCCAGGGCCAUGCGAUGAUUCAGUACAACAUGAUUCUUCCUCAUCAGAAAAGGAGGAUGCACUACCGAGGCUUUUGUUCCGUCUGGAAGGGCUUGAACUAGAACGCUCUGUGACUGUAUACCAGGCGAUUCUCUUGCACAAGUUUAAAUCAGAAACUGAAAGUACCGACGGUUCAAAGAUGAGUGCAUCCCACAGCAUCACUUAUGAAAAGGCUCCACAACUUGCGGAUUCACAUGAAAUUCCGAAUCCUCUGGGAUCUAUGGACAAUGAUGAGUGUCACGCGUUCUUAUCCUACUUGUUUGCUCAUAGACUUGCUUUGCGCCUCAAAGGGACAAAUCCUGCUGCUUAUGACAUACUAUUUCUGCUCAAGAGUCUGGAGGGCAUGAACAGAUUUCUCUUUCACCUGAUUUGUCAAGAAAGGAUUAAUGCUUUUGGAGAAGGUAGGCUGGAGAAUUUGGAUGAUCUGAGGGUGGAGGUUCGUCCUGUGCCAUAUGCUGAAUUUGUUAGCACGAAGCUUACAGAGAAGUUAGAGCAGCAGCUGCGUGAUUCUUUUGCUGCGUCAACCUGUGGUCUACCACCAUGGUUUACUGAACUAAUGGAUUCAUGCCCAUUUCUGUUUAGUUUUGAAGUUAAAUCUAAAUACUUCCGACUUGCAGCCUUCGGUUCACAGCAAGUCAAUCAUCAUCCACAACACCUUAGCAGUUCAAGUGGUCAUGGUGAAGGGCGUGAAGGGCGCCCAGCAACUGCUAGUUUACCUCGUAAAAAGUUCUUAGCUUUCCGUGAAAAAAUUCUAGAUUCUGCUGCACAGAUGAUGGAGUUAUACGGCAACCAGAAGGUGGUCAUUGAGGUUGAAUACGAUGAAGAAGUCGGAACUGGUCUUGGGCCAACACUGGAGUUCUAUACACUUGUCAGUAGGGCAUUUCAAAACCCUGAUCUUGGUAUGUGGAGGAGUGAUCGUAGUUCCUCUCCUUCAGGACUCUUUCCACGCCCUUGGUCAUGUGCCUCAGCUGCUUUUCCUACUGUGCUGAAGAAAUUUGUCCUCUUGGGGACAGUGGUAGCAAAGGCUCUACAAGAUGGACGAGUCUUAGACCUUCCCUUCUCCAAAGCCUUCUAUAAACUAAUUCUCGGACAGGAGUUGAGUUCGUUUGACAUCCACUUCGUCGACCCUGAGCUUUGUAAAACACUGGUGGAAUUGCAAGCCGUUGCACGUAGGAGAAAGGUUUCCGCAAAAGCACAGGAAUUAAGUUUCCGUGGAGCAAGUAUUGAGGACCUUUGUCUUGAAUUUACGCUACCUGGGUACACGGACUAUGAUCUCGGUCACCGUUCUGAUGAUGAUAUGGUAAAUCUGGAUAAUCUCGAGGAAUAUAUCAAGGCUAUUGUCAACGCAACCGUAUGUGAUGGGAUCGAAAAACAAGUGGAAGCAUUUCGGUCUGGAUUCAACAAAGUUUUCUCUAUUGAACAUCUUCGGAUAUUCAAUGAAGAAGAGGUGGAAACUAUGCUGUGUGGAGAACGCGAUCUCUUCAAUAUGAAUGAAGUCUUGGAUCACAUCAAGUUUGAUCAUGGAUAUACUUCUAGCAGCCCACCAGUUGAAAAUUUGUUGGAGAUUCUGCAUGAGUUUGACAAGGAGCAACAGAGAGCCUUUCUGCAAUUUGUAACAGGAUGUCCUCGGCUACCUCCUGGCGGUUUAGCGUCUCUCAAUCCCAAACUAACAAUUGUCCGCAAGCACGGUAGCGAUUCUUCAGAGGCGGACUUGCCUAGUGUGAUGACAUGCGCCAAUUACCUGAAGCUUCCACCUUACUCUUCAAAAGAAAAGAUGAAGGAGAAACUGAUUUAUGCCAUAACAGAAGGUCAAGGUUCCUUCCAUCUCUCUUAA